AUGGAGUCAAUUCCUGAAGAAACGUUUAAAUUAAUUUUCGAAUACUUACGGGAUGAUCUAAAUUGCUUGUUAUCUUGUUUGGUGGUGAACAAGCAAUGGGCUCGGGUUACGGUGGAGACAAUGUGGAGAAAUCCCUGGAGAUACAUUAAAAAUACCAAGGGUGAAGAUAGCAAAAAGGCAGAGGUCAAAUUAAUCUCAAUUUUGAUUUCCUUUCUGCCCGAGGAUUCUAGAGCGAUUUUGAGAGAACAUGGAAUAAUCAUUCCUUCUCCCUUGCAAUCCCCACUGUAUGAUUAUGCCGGAUUAAGUCGAUAUCUUACACAUUAUGAUGUUAAUCGUAUGACAGAAUUGAUUCUGACCUUACCGGAAUACAAAGGAUCCGUCGAAACAACGACCUUAACGUGUCAAAGCGAAUCAUACACCAGUUACUUGAUCAAACAAGAAUUAUAUAGAAUGUAUGUUGAUCAAUGUCGGGCAUUGAAACUUCUUGAAUUCCGUGACGCGGAUAUCCCGUUACCAUUUUUUCGGGAAGCCGAAAGGUGUUUCUCAAACCUUUGCGAGCUACAUUGCGAUACUACAUUGCUUUCCGGAACUUAUUAUCGAAUGGCUCAAAUUUGUCAGAACCUAGAAAGAUUGGUCAUCGUAGAUUGUCACUAUGAUAAUGAUGGGUUGGCAACUUUGAUAGAGGUCCAAAAUAAUUUGGGAUACUUAAAGAUCAUCACCAAGGGGAGCGAUGAACACGGAAACAGCAGACACAACAGAUACAUAAGGAUUGCCAACGCCAUAUCCACGCAGGCCCAUUCAUUGCAUCAUUUUGAUAUUGGAGGAAGUUUUGUCAAGGCUAUACCACCGGUUACCAUUGCAACAUUUGAGAAUUUGCGAACCUUACACAUUAGGUUUGAAGGCAAAUAUGAGGAUAUCCUAAAAUAUUCAAGUUUUUCACAACUUCAAGUAUUAAAAUGUUAUCACGUACCAAAUCCCAUGGAUGUUCUGACUCAUUUUAUUGAAAGAACUGGCGGAUUACUAAGGAAAAUAUCGUUUAAGAUUAAUAGCGUGGGUGAUUUUACCAUGAUACCACAAUACAAUAAAAAAAUCGCAGAAUCCUGUCCAAACAUAAGAUCCCUAACCACUUGGUUUAGGACUGACAGUGUGGCCGAUUUCAGACAAGUCCUCAUUUCAUGCCCGAAUUUAGAACACUUAACCAUUGGGAACUAUGAGAACGAAGAUG